AACAAACACGAAACUUAUGAUAAUGACUGUUCUUGAAGUUGUUUCACUUGAUUAUUUUCGUAAUUUUCGAACAUCUAGCGAAAUAUAAUUAAAAAUUGAAGGAAAAAAUGAUUCUGAAUGAUUGAUGUGUUAAUUCAAACUCAUUCUAUUCAACCAAGUAACCAUUUGAUUCAAACAUGAACAUCGUAACGAAUUCGAAAACCUCACUACUGGAUAACUUCAAGCAUGAAAAUAAUUCUGAUAACACAAGUCAAAUUACUGAAGAAACACUCCUUCAGAAAAAAUUUGUUGCUCCAGAGGAUGUGAUGAAAUUGAAUAAGAUAACUGAAAAUUACUUGUGCUCACCGAAUAUGAAUGUUUAUGAUAUUGAUUUCGUACGCUUCAAAAUAAGAGAUCUCGAAACCGGAAUUACUUUAUUUGAAAUUGCCAAACCGACAUUUUCCUCUGUAGAAAAUGGAUGCCUAGAAGAAGAAAACGGUGAUACGAACCCUAACGCUGGUCGAUUUGUUCGUUAUCAAUUUACUCCUCAAUUCUUGAAGCUCAAAUUAGUUGGAGCAACUGUUGAAUUUACCGUGGGUAAUGUUCCUGUCAAAAACUUCCGCAUGAUUGAAAGGCAUUUCUUUCGUGAUAAGCUAUUGAAAACGUUCGAUUUCGAAUUCGGAUACUGUAUUCCUAAUAGUAAAAAUACAUGUGAACAUAUCUACGAGUUCCCUGCUCUUUCAGAAAAACAAAUGCAAGAAAUGAUAGAAAAUCCAUUUGAAACACGAUCCGAUAGCUUUUACUUCGUUGAUAAUCGUUUGAUGAUGCAUAAUAAAGCGGAUUAUGCUUACGAUGGUGGCUUGUAAUGAAGUUUGAAAUGAUUACCUACAAGCUAAUGUGGAAAUUCAUUCGUGAAUGCUAACUUUUUUGAAGUUAUCUCAUCUGAAAAAUGAUAUCUAUAGACUCCAUGCCUACUUUAAAUUUCGUAAGGUUUACUCGUAUUUGCUGUAAUUUUUGGAGCAUAGUUGAAUUUCAGUUCGAGUUCAUUUGCCUUUGCUGCGAUAUUUCAUUUUUAUUUCGAACUCGUGACUGGUAAGGGUGUUUCGAUUUUUUUUGAACAUCCAGUAUGUAAUCGUGGAAUUCAAUAUUACUAUACGAUGCAAUGUGAUUAAUUCAGAUCAAUGCCAAAAAUUAGAUACUCAAUUUGAUUACGUACUUAGAUGUAAUGUUAAGUAGGUGUUAAAAUGCGCAAUAUUUGUGAUUAGAUUAAAACGCUCAAAGCUGCCAUGUGCUACAUUCAAGAAAAUCUACAGACAAUAGUGUUUUAUACGUAAUUGUUAUUAGCUUUUUAAAAUUACUUUUUUUUUAUCAACGCUGCUCAAACCGAUAGAAACGAUUUAUAUGAAUAAGUCUGUGUUGAAAUUAGAGAAAAAUAAUUCGUUCAGUUAUUUGUAUUAGCCUGUUGAGUGCUAAAAAAAGGAACGAAUGAGUAUUAUUGUGAACUGUAAAGUCAUUUUUUUAUAGUUAGUUGUACUACAUCAAUUUGAUCAAAUAUGCGUAAGAGUCGUUUUGUCUCACAAAUGUUGGAUUUUGCUUUUUGUUACGGUAGAUCUAGGUAUAGGUAUGUACUAUGUACAUUACACACUAAGAAUUUUCGUUGCUGUGUAGGAAAAGAAGAAAGAUAUUGUUAGAUUAUCUAUCAGCUUAAAAAUAUUAGAAUAAUAGCUAUUUGAAAAAAUAUCUACAUAUUGAACAUAAAUAUUAUGAAUCUAUAGAAGAUCUUGAGUGAAAUCGUGAUAGAAUAUCUUAUGAAUAAGUAAUUUUCUGAAAGACUUAAUAGGUGACUAGGUGAUUUUAAACGUCACAUACAGGGUGUUCCAGAAUAACCUUUCACAUUUUGGUAACCACUGAUCUGUGUUCAAGUGGAGCUAGGGGAAUGGUAAAGGCGGUUCUAGGUAGCCAAAGCAUGCCGAAUUAUGUUUCAAUAGUUAUUUUUUGCCCUGGAGAAGUAUAUGGCUGUACAGUGUGCUUUUACUGUGAAGGCCUUUUUUAAAAAUAUAGGGUCCUGGAACUCUUUACUCUUUACCCAUCAGUAACAAAGCUCAUUUUUAUCCAAACAGUGAAGUGAAUAUACAGAAUGUGCGCUUCCAGUGUACAGAGAAUCAGUUGAUAAUACUCGAGAAACCUCUACACUUUGCUAAGUUGACUGUUUGGUUGGGCGUGGCUAAAUUUGGUGUAGUGGGACCAUGUGUGUUUAAUGAAACAGUAACGGUGAGGGGUAAGGCAAAAUGUUAAACGAGUUUCUUGUUCCUGAACUGAAAGGCAGACGUGACGAUGUAUCUAGAGUUACUUACUAGGUGUAUGUUGGAGCAACCUGUCAUUCAGAGACAAACACAAUUUAUGUUUAGCGUGUGAGCACUUUGGUCAUUGAAUAAUUUCGUUGAACACAGAAAUUUAAUGGCCACCUCGAUUCCCUGACUUUUCCCCCUGAUUUUUUUUAUGGAGUUACCUCAAGUCAAAAGUGUAUCAGGAUGAAUCUAGGACUCUAAAACAUCUUCUAGGUAAUAUUAUUCGUGAGUUGAGACUGAUUGGAAGAGAAGUGUUCAAUAAUUCGAAAAAAUGUUUGAUCGAAUGUGUCAAAAAUGAUGGAAAAUAUCUCGAUGGAAAAAUUUUUAAAACUUAAUUUUUAAUGAAAACUCAAAUACAUGGUCUAAAAACGGCAUAUUUCUACUUCAUUUUGGUUGUAAAAGAAUUUUUGUAAACGUUUUUCUCUCAGAGUAAUGAAAAAAACAAAUGUGAAAGGUUAUUCUGGAACACCCUGUAUAUUCACUUAGCACAAAUAUAACGUGUAUGUUCUUGUUCAUUUUAUAUGAUAGCUUUAAGGUGAAAUAAAUUGUGAUUAAUCCUUA